AUGCAAGCUCCAGUCGUAUACCUCAAUACCUCGACGGAAAGACAGAGUGGCCGUCAGGCUCAGGUGUCCAACAUCACUGCCGCCAAAGCCGUCGCCGACAUCAUCAGAACAUGUUUGGGCCCAAAAGCGAUGCUCAAAAUGCUUUUGGAUCCCAUGGGCGGAAUCACGUUGACCAACGACGGCCACGCCAUUUUGCGCGAGGUGGACGUCUCCCAUCCAGCUGCAAAGUCGAUGAUUGAGCUAAGUAGAACACAGGACGAAGAGGUGGGCGAUGGUACUACCUCUGUGAUCAUUUUGGCCGGAGAGAUUCUCGCCCAAACGUUCCCAUACAUAGAAAAGAACUUGCAUCCCGUAGUGAUUAUUCAGGCUUUGAAGCAAGCUUUGUCGGACGCCUUGGAGAUCAUCCACUCUGUGUCGAAGACCGUGGACAUCGAAGAUGAUGCUGCCAUGAUAGAGUUGAUCAAGUCGUCCAUUGGCACCAAGUACAUCAACAAAUGGUCGCAGAAGAUGUGCGAGUUGGCUUUGAAGGCCGUGCGCACCGUUGCUAUCGAUGAUGGUGGCCAGAAGGAGGUUGACAUCAAGAGAUAUGCCCGUAUCGAGAAGAUCCCCGGCGGAGAGGUCACCGACUCCGAGGUCUUGAACGGUAUCAUGUUGAACAAGGACGUUACCCACCCCAAAAUGAAGCGUCACAUCGAAAAUCCUCGUGUGAUUUUGUUGGACUGUCCCUUGGAGUACAAGAAGGGUGAGUCGCAAACUAACAUCGAGAUCACCAAAGAGGAGGAUUGGAACAGAAUCUUGCAGAUCGAGGAAGAGCAAGUCCGCUUGUUGUGUGAGCAACUCUUGGAAUUCAAACCAGAUGUGGUCAUCACCGAAAAGGGUGUAUCUGACUUGGCCCAACACUACUUGUUGAAGGGUGGUGUCACCGCCUUGAGAAGAGUCAAAAAGUCCGACAACAACAGAAUUGCCCGUGCUACCGGUGCUACCAUUGUAAACAGAGUUGAGGACUUGAAGGAGGCUGAUGUUGGUACCAAAUGUGGUCUCUUCAAGGUUGAGCUUAUCGGAGACGAAUAUUUCACCUAUCUUGUUGAGUGUAAGGAUCCAACUGCAUGUACUGUUUUGCUUAGAGGUGCUUCGAAGGAUGUUUUGAACGAAAUCGAGCGUAACUUGCAAGAUGCUAUGGCUGUGGCCAGAAACGUCAUGUUCGAGCCAUCCUUGAGUCCAGGUGGUGGUGCCACUGAAAUGGCAGUCAGUGUCAAGCUUUCAGAAAAGGCUAAAUCCAUCGAGGGUGUAGCCCAAUGGCCAUACCAGGCGGUUGCAGAUGCCUUUGAGGUUAUUCCUAGAACCUUGAUUCAGAACUGCGGUGGAAAGCCAAUCAGAAUUUUGUCACAACUAAGAGCAAAGCAUGCCGAGGGCCAUCAUAACUUUGGAAUCGACGGUGAUUUGGGUAAGGUUGUGGACAUGAACGACCUUGGUGUUUGGGAGCCUGAGGUUGUGAAGCAGCAAUCUCUUAAAACAGCCAUCGAGAGUGCUUGUCUUUUGUUGAGAGUUGAUGACAUUGUCAGUGGAGUUCGUCAACAGUAA